AUGGCUGCUGCUCUACCUUCUUCGACAGAGCAGCCCGGUCGCCCAUGGAAUCUAACCGCAGAACAAGAGCAUAAGCUAAAAGAUUUCUGGAGCCUCAUGUUCAAAUACUUUGAUGGAAAACAACCGGACCAGUUGGAAGAGGAGGAGGAAGAGAAGUCGGCUACUCCUCGGGGAGGUGGUAGGUUCAGCUGGCUGAGAGGAAAGUCAGUAGAAAAAAGUGAAAAUGAAGUCAACAAUGAAGAUAAAUAUCAUCUUGGAAAGGGAUUCAAAAAGAUUAUUGCUGAAUUACCUCCGUCGGAACUAAGAUCAACGACCUAUUCUAUGGUUAAAUGCCACCAUCCCGACACUCUUGUUCUUCGUUAUUUGCGUGCCAGAAAAUGGAACGUCAGCAAUGCACUGGUAAUGUUAUUUGCAUCUCUCCGCUGGAGAGUGAGAGAAAUGCGUGUUGACCAGAUCCUUGAGCGUGGUGAACUAGGAUACUUGCAAGAUGGUAACGAAGAGUUUAUGGAACAAUGCAGAUCUCACAAAUCUGUUAUUGCUGGACGUGAUAAUUUCGGACGUCCUUAUGUUAUUGGUCGUCCUCGUUUUCACUAUCCUAAAAAUCAGGCUCCAAAUAUUAUGAAUGAAUACAUUCUGUUGAUUCUUGAAACUACAAAUCUACUUCUUGGAGAGACUGAAGACCAAGGUUCAAUCCUCUUCGACAUGACCGGAUUCGGUCUAUCUAAUAUGGAUUAUGCAUCCGUCAAAUUCAUGAUUGCCUGUCUUGAAGCUCAUUAUCCCGAAGUUCUAGGAACUCUUUUGAUACAUAAUGCACCUUGGAUCUUCCAAGGUAUCUGGAAAAUUAUUAAUCCAUGGAUUGACCCUGUUGUUGCUCGAAAAAUUCAAUUUACUAAUACUACUGCCGAUCUUGAAAAGUUUAUUCCGCUUAACCAGCUGCCAGCUCGUGAGUUUGAAAAUGGUGGAAACGAAAAUGCACCAUGGGACUACAUCGAACCUGAUCCACAGGAGAACGCUAAAAUGAAAGAUUUUGCUACCCGUGAUAGAUUCUUAGCAGAUCGUGAGAAAUUGUACGACGAAUUCGAAAAUCUUACUCGUGAAUGGAUUGAUGGAAAGGAUGUGAAUCAUCAACGAAAAGAGGUUGCCAAAAAGCUCAAUCGAAACUAUUGGCAGUUAGAUCCCUAUAUUCGUGCUAGAGGAUUAUAUGACCGUAUCGGAUGGAUAAAACCUAGACCUCUAUUCGGAGAAACCACUAUAUAA